AUGAUUUCUUGUUUGUGCUCCGAUUUGUGGUUGGAAAUAUUGAGUUUCAUUCCUAUUGGUGAUAGGAAAAGAGAGUGGAAGAUGAGAGUGAAGGAAGUGGUCAAUUUGGAACGAGUUUGUUCGGAAAUUGCUGAAAAAGUGAAUUGGCAAGUGGUGUUUUAUCAGAUUGCCAAAAGGUUGAUGAUGGAAUGUGCUUCCGAAUUUUGGAUUAAUUAUUCUUCUUCCUUUCAAUUGAUGCAAUCAAUAGAGGAGGAAUGUUUAUUAGGUAGAAGGGAAGGUAAUUUGAUUAAGAAGAAGUAUGAUAGAGGAGAAUUGAUGGAGAUGUUUAAUGACUUUAGGAGUGAUAUUGAUUGGAGAAGAGUUGUGAAAUUAAUAUUGCAGGAAUCAUUUGUGGAGAGCUAUUUGGUUCGAUUGACUGAAACAUUGAUAUCAAAGAUUUAUAGUUGUGGAUUCUUUUUGCGAUGUCUAUCGUGUGGAUUUGUAACAACUAGAGAAAAGAAAGAUUUACUUGAAUUUAGGGAAAAUUUGAAUGAAUUCAAUCAGGAUUUUGUAUUGUCCUUUAUGAACCAAUUUAUUGAAUCAAAAUUCAAUUAUAGAUUAUUAGACAUUGCUCUUGUCUCAGAAUGCAUUACAGAAUUUGAUUAUGAUGAAAUUAGUGAGGAUGAGAGAUUUAGGAGAAGGUUAUUGGAUUGGUGGUUUAACAUUGCACGAGGUUGUUUCAAAGAAUUAAGACAAUGUAUGAAAAGAAGGAGAUUUGGAAAGUAUCAAGAAUUGAAACUUGUAGGAACAAUUCAAAACUCAAAUGUUGAUAGAAACUACCCGACCUAUCAUUUCAAAGUUUCUUGCAUAUUAAUGAUGAAUAAUAAUUUUCUGAUAGCGCUCAUAAUUCCUCGCAAAAUGUUAAUGUAA